ACAGCCAUGCGCUGUGUCAAGUCAUUGCGUGUCACUCUCUGACCUCAAGAAAUGGGACGUCUCUGAGUGCGGCGUACCUCGUCACCUCAGCUGAGGCAGUUCGCCCAAAGGGAGUUAAGCUGCCAUAAAACCAUAAAAGCCGACCCCCUUCCCAGUUCUUUCCUACGCAACGCAGCACUAUCAGCUUGUCUCUUCUCUUUGGUACUACUGAUAAGGCGGUCGAUCAGAGGGCUCAGUGCGUCUUCCGCCUUCAGUUGUCAACGCAGUCCCUCUUCGCACGUCGCGGCGCGUGUGGUAGAAGGUUUAACUUUGACUGAUAACGCCCUAGUAGUUGAACUAUGACAUGGAAUGUAGCAUGGCUUGUUGGUGCUGGACUAAUCGCUGGCGCGGCACUAUUCCUGAACGACGUUCAAUCCACGUUGAAAGAAAAUGAGAGAUCGCCGGCUUUAGUAUAUGUCGAAGAGGGCGCCCUGCUGGGCGCUUGGGUAGAUUGCGCUCAAGCUCAUUGUGAGUAUGCCGCCUUCAGAGGAGUGCCUUAUGCUAAACCACCCGUGGGGCCCUUACGAUUUAAGGCUCCACGACCCGCUGCGUAUUGGGAUGGAGUGCGUCUUGCGAUAGAAGAAGAAAGCUUCUGCGUUCAAGACCACCAAGGCCAAACCGGAUCAGAAGAUUGUCUUUACCUGAACGUAUACACGCCUCACAUACCGGGAAAGAUUUCAUCGUCGCAGUACCCUGUGUUCGUCUUCUUGCAUGGCGGAGGCUUUAUAUUCGGAGGAGCAUCUGAAGCAGAAUAUGGCUCUGAGUACCUUGUGCAACAGGGCAUCGUCGUAGUGACGGUGCAGUACCGACUCGGAGCGUUUGGUUUCCUAAGUCUGGACACGGAGGACAUGCCCGGCAAUGCCGGGCUCAAGGACCAAGUGGCUGCGCUUCGCUGGGUUCGUCGGAACAUUGAUCGAUUUGGUGGAGAUCCUGAGAAAGUCACACUGGGAGGACACGCAGCAGGGGCUAUCAGUGCGAGCUGGUUGAGCCUUCUUCCAUCUAC